AUGUGGGUCAUCUCCCUCAUUAUUUUCCUUUCGUGUCCUUCGUUCGAUCUGUCUUCGCUUGUCGUCAAUCGUUCAGACUCCAUGAGGCAGGUGGAGAUGAAACUCACUCUCGAACAACAUGGCUUGGUCGUGGAAUACGGUACCAGGGGAGGUGGCCAGGUGUCUCCGAAGAAAGCUCUGCAUCUUACGACCGGUGUCGAUUACUUGCUCAUCGCACACAGACAGGGCGACGACUUCACGUACAACGAUAAGGUGAUACCGCAAAAGUUCGAUGGCUGCCAGCGUACCGAUGAGGGUAGGCACACCCCCAACACCGCCGCUGCCUCGGUGAUGAAUGGGGUCCCUUACGUCGGGGCUAAGAAGCGCCUCUCCGACAACGUCGCCGUCUGGGCGAUUCAGCGGCACACCCCCAACACCGCCGCUGCCUCGGUGAUGAAUGGGGUCCCUUACGUCGGGGCUAAGAAGCGCCUCUCCGACAACGUCGCCGUCUGGGCGAUUCAGCGGUAA